AUGGUGGAUGCCAUCAACUUGGGUAGUACGGUUUUUAUCGUGGACGAGAAUGCCGCUCUGACGUUCCUGGACAACUUUAUACCAACGCAUGACGAAGCUAUGUUUAGGAAACCAGAAAAGUUCGUCAUCAUUACUUUCCAAUCCACCAUCGAACCGAAAAUUACCCGUCUUUUGAAAGACAUUCAAAGCCACCCAGCGAUUGAGGAAAUUGCCAACCUUCUGUUGAUUGUGCCUAAAGAAGAUCGGUUUGAAUUUUUGACCCAUAGAUAUGUAGGGAACAGUCCGGAAGCCCUGGAUUUGCUUGUAUUGGAUUCAUAUUUCCCGAGAAAUGGCUCCUAUCUAGAAGGAGUUUCACUUUUUCCAAACAAACUGGUGGAUUUGAUGGGAAAAACAUUUCGACUAGCAUCAUUCUAUCUGCUACCAUGGGUCAUGACUCGUCAAACCGACGAUGGAAUCGUAACCUAUCUGAACCAGUCGUACACAAUCGACGGCCUGGAUGGAUAUUUGCUAGUGUUGUUUUGUCAGUGGUUGAACUGCACCUGGGACCUGAUGAUAGACCAAUACUGGCAAUACGGACAGGUGUUCGAAAACCGUACCGGCAAUGGAAUGGUUGGAGCGUUGGUUGAACGCAAAGCAGAUUUUGCAUUAGCGGCAGUUGGGGCUUGGCAUCAACUUUUUCGUUAUUUCAGUUUUUCGAUACCGAUUCAGUGGAUCGGGAUAACCUGUCUACAGCCAAGACCGCAUUUAAUCGAAUACUGGAAGAUCAUUUUCAUGAUGUUUUCGUCAACAGUCUGGGUUGUUUUGCUGGCAACCUUCAUUGUGAUAUCUCUUUUAGAUUAUUACAUACCGACAGAUAUCGGCAAAUGGUCUCCUAAUCGAAAAGGGUUGACAUGGUGUUUGAUCAAUACGUUUUGCGCUUUUCUUCUUUUGCCUUCAACAAUGCGACGCAAUCGAGCUUCAGAAGUCAUGCUCUCAGUAGCACUGUCUAUCUUCACAUUAAUCGUAGCCUACGUCUACAUUGGAAAAAUUCACAGUAUUCUAGCAAUACCCGUUUACGAUCCACCAAUUGACACCAUUAUUGAUUUCGCCGAAAGUAAGCUUCGCUGGAAUGCUCCGCAUGAAGUUUGGAUGUAUCUUAUUGCCGAAAGUGAAAACCCACAUAUCAAACAGCUUCUAACCAAGUUUAACGUCGCACCGAUCCCGAAGCUGGAAGUAAUCGCUGAUCUCGGCGUUGAACCGAUCGUUAUGGCAAAGCUCCACUUCGGUCACUCCAUGGUCGGCGAGUGGUUCACCGCGGAAAACAUCGAAAACUACCGACUUAUGUCAGAUUUUCUCUACUACGAAUACGACACCGGAUAUGCGACCAAGACGUGGCCACUACUGGGCCGAUUUGAUCAUCUAUCGAUGUGGUACCGGGAUGGAUGUCUGUCGCGCUUUGUCGAACAGAUGGACGUUUUCCGUUACAUGAAUCGACGGGUGCAGACCUCGAUCGAGCACUCGCGAGACCGUCAACCGAACAAACUGAAAGUGAUGGAAGUCGACGAGAUCGAGGGAGGUUUGUUGAUGUUGGGUAUUGGAUAUGCGGUGGCGAUCGUUGCUUUUGUUGGUGAACUGAUUGUAUAUGCAGCGGAGAAGAAGAAAAUUGCCAGACGACUUGCGCAGAAGUGGAUGGUUAUGUCUUUGGGAAAAUUUCGUAUUGACUUAGUUGAAAAUUGA